AUGGACCAAGCAGAUAUUCCCUCCCUCCUCUCUCGCCUCAAUAGCGAUGAAGACGCCCUCCGAAAAAUGGCAGUUUUCAAGCUCCAGUCCUCGAUCAACGACCCCUCCUUUGCAGACAUGUUCAUCUCCUCGGGCGGUCUAACCAUCCUCCGACGCCUCAUCAUGACGACCGGCGGAAACACGCUCGCAUACUCCCUACAAUCACUCUCACGACUCCUCGAGGUAGAUAUGGGAUGGGAGGUCUUCGAAGCUGCAGGCAGCGGAGAAUUGGUCGAGCGCAUCGUGGAGUUGAUCGUCACGCAUCCUCUGGUCAACAUCUUGCGCGGGGCAAUGAGCAUCUUGGUAGCAAUCGUUUCACACUCCCAGAGCAACCAUGAGGCUAUCAUGAGGACGCCUGGAGCCUUUGGCUUUCGUGCGCUGAAACCUGCUAUUGCCGUAUACCCUCAAUUCUUCGAGAUGGUCGUCAACCAGCUGAAUAGCGCGGAUCAUGCCCUAUGCGCGAAUGCCCUGAUGCUACUGAAUGCUCUCAUGAGGGACGCCAUCACGAGCGAAAGCCAGGGAUCUACGAAGACUGUCCCACCGGUGGAGGAAUGGCCGAAGUUUAUAAAGCGUUUGCAGGAUCUGGGAGUCAUAAAGGCGGUCUAUAUGUUGAUGCAAAGUAGUGCAUUGCAGGAUCUGGCACACCCGUUACUCGAAUUCCAGGCCUUGACGAAACUUUUGCUGAAGAAAUGGAGGGACGUUGUAGUUGAUCUGGAAACGCCAGAACACAGAAGGGCCUUGAAAGGAAUACACCUGGCAAGCGCACCGGAGAAGAAAGACUUAACUGUGAAUGUCAAUGUUUCCAAGGCCGAGGAAUCAGCAGAAGGUAGCUCAAGCAAUGCCAAGAAAGGAAGUAGAAAACACAAUCCAGAGAAAUGGCGGCGAUUGGGAUUUGAGACGGAAAGUCCUGCCUGGGAGUUCGAUCCUACUGGAUUUUUGGGAAUGAUGGAUUUUACAGAUUACGUGAAAAAGGAAGAGGAUUCAUUUCAAAAGUUGCUUCUGGAGCAGUCGACCCGACCUCUCCACGAGAGAUGCCCCAUUGCGACGGCCAGUUUGGCUUGCACCGUUAUAUUAUAUGAGCAUUUUGAAGUCGAGAAAUCUGAUGUCGAAGACGCCAAAAGCUAUCUGGUGCUGGACGGCAUGAAGAAUUACGACAAAAUCUUCCGGCCUCUUCUUUUGCAAUGGUCGAAACUACACGCAGCUAGUUUGCAUGCAUUCUUCAGACUUUGGAAAGCCACGGGUGCAGAGCGAGACGAUUUCAAUAAAGUUGCUGAGCUGGUCCGAAUACUCAUUGAGCAAGUUGUUGGUCAAGCAUCUAGGACGAAAGAUGCACAGGAGGUAGAAGAAGAACUGGAUGAGUUUGAUUACACACGACUACGAGAGCUACAGAUGGAGUUUCUAGAGGCAAAUUUUGAGGAUGAAUGGGGCCAUCAUCUUCACCAAGUUCGAGAUGAGUUGAAGCAGGAAGCAUUGCAAUUUGUCAAGGAGCAACGUAUUCGAUGUCUCUUGGAUGGUGCCUGGUUUCCUCGACAUAGUUCCAAAGCAAAUCCAGAAGAUGGGCAUGCAAAGAAUGUAAAGGCACCAACCGCAUCAUGGAGAUUUGUCAAACUGUCACAUAAUCGACGAUAUUUACAUUACGCAGAUUUCCCCGCACAACGAGAACAGGACCCUUCUCUGGACGAAUUACAAGAGAAGAUCGAUCUUUCUACCAUCAGCUCUGUUGUCUCAAACGUAUCAGCAGCUAACGAUGAAUCCUCAAGCAUAUCCAGCACAUCAACGCUCAAAACACCAUCACAGGCACCGAAACCUGCCACCUCGACGACUAAGAUUACCAUCAACAGCUUCUCUGGCACCCCGGAAGAUAGGGGCAAUGCCAAUGGGGAGCUUACUGAGCGAGCCAUAUUAACUCUCAUGCCACCGACCCAUAGUCUGGCCUCUGAAUGGUUGGAUGGUCUUCUCAUGCUUCUCAAUCAAGCACCCAUCACGGCUGAGACAAAUAAGCUUGUUGGACUUGUGGGCGAUUAUGGUCUCAAGAUUCGAUUGCUGAAUGUGAGACUGGGCGACAAUUUCUCGCAGGAGCCUGGUGCUGGAGUUGUACCUAGUAGGGAGGGCCUCGACGAUGAUUACUUCUAUGAAGUUUGA